GCUCCCUGGGGCAGGACUAUAUAACCCCAGAGGAACUGCCCCAUGCUGACUCCCUGCUUCUUUCCAGCUGGAGCCGCUGCCUUGCCCCCCGGGAGACUGAAGACAUGGCACCCAAGAAGGCCAAGAGAAGGGCAGUAGAGGGUGGAAGUUCCAGCGUCUUCUCCAUGUUUGACCAGACUCAGAUCCAGGAGUUCAAGGAGGCCUUCACUGUGAUCGACCAGAACCGUGAUGGUAUUAUCGACAAGGAGGACCUUCGGGACACCUUCGCAGCCAUGGGCCGCCUCAAUGUGAAGAAUGAGGAGUUGGAUGCCAUGAUGAAGGAAGCCAGUGGUCCCAUCAACUUCACCGUCUUCCUGACCAUGUUCGGGGAAAAGCUCAAGGGUGCCGACCCUGAGGAUGUGAUAACUGGAGCCUUCAAGGUCCUGGACCCUGAAGGAAAGGGCACCAUCAAGAAGAAGUUCCUGGAGGAGCUGCUGACCACGCAGUGUGACCGCUUCACCCCGGAGGAGAUCAAGAACAUGUGGGCUGCUUUCCCCCCCGACGUGGGCGGCAACGUCGACUACAAAAACAUCUGCUACGUCAUCACGCACGGCGACGCCAAGGACCAGGAGUAGGGGCUUCCGCGGGCCUCUGCUGGCUGACGCUUCCGUUCGGCCCCACCCCCACCCCGGCUCCCAAUAAAAUUUAACUGGUCUUUGUUUCUUA